AUGUCCAUUGAUGGCGAAGACGCACCACAAGACAGCGGCGUCGACAUCAACAGCCUACCAGUACCGCCUCCCAACACCCAGUCUAGUGAGUGUAACGACACAGACACUGUAAACCCACACAUCGACCCAAACCCCAUCAAGGCGACAUUCUCCGGCCUCCCUCCCGCAGUUCGCGCAGGAAUCUGGUCCUACGCGGCUCCCACGCCCCGAACCUGUUUCCUCGAACUCCACACCUACAACACCAUCGACCACGUCCCGUGCCUCCGCUACAUACCCCCGCUCUCAUCACUCUUCUCCACAAACCAAGAAGCCAGAAACUUCAGUAUCGCACAUGAAGGUGGAGAGCUUGUGAAUUUCACUUCGGAGACCUUUACCGCAUUGUUCUCCUCCCACGGCCGCAAGAUGAGCGUAGAGAAUAGGGAGAAGAAGUUCUACUUCAACUUUAGCCGGGAUAUCAUCUGGUUGAGCGCGAGAUUCACAGCUGCGUGCAACACCACUGAGACGGUUCGUCUGACAACCCUGUCUUCUAUCCUGCCGCGGGCAAGUCUGUCCCGUAUCCAACGCCUCGUCAUCUCGUACUCGGGCCUGGACUCGUAUGCGUUCGUCGGUCCUUACCUACGCCCCUUUUCCCAUCUCGAGACAUUGUAUCUAUGUAUGAACGAUGUGCGAAUCAAGGAGAAUGUGAAGAAGCUACUCAAGAAGGGUGUUCCAGCUGAUAGUGUGACGGCGGAGAAAUUGAGGAACAUGGUAGAGCAGACUGAAGCUGAUGAGACGGAUGAUGAUGAGGAGAGCGAGGAGGUUGCUACGGAGAGGUUGGCGACUAGGGCGAAGAGGAGGGUGCUGGAAGUGUAUUUGAGGCUGGGAGAAUAG